UCAAGUUAUUUUUGUUGCAGAGCUAAACAAAUGGCUGAUAGUGACUUGAAUAAAAUAUCUAGACAAUGCCCCCACUGUUCAUCUACCCUGCAGAAUAAUGGACUUAGAUUAUGUUCUUGCACAUCAAACUAUUCUCCAGUUUUGGUGGUAGAAAUGUCACAGACAUCAAGCAUUGCCAGUUCAGAAAUUGUAGUUUCAGCAGAGAGAAAAAAAGAAAAAAGUAUCAGCAGAGAAUCUUCUGGGAAAGAUUUGACCUCCAGAACCUCAAAUGUAGAAAGAAAACCAUGUCAACAACAGUGGAGUCGGUGCAACAUUUCAGAAGGAAAAGUUCCUCACAUAAGGAUGGAGGAUGGAUCUUCUAUUGAGGAUUUCUAUACCUUUGGAAGAAUAUUGGGACAAGGGAGCUUUGGACUGGUCGUUGAAGCUACAGACAAGGAAACAGAAACUAAGUGGGCAAUUAAAACAGUGAAUAAAGAAAAGGCUGGAAGCUCUGCUGUGAAGUUACUUGAACGGGAGGUGAAUAUCCUAAAAAGUGUAAAUCAUAAACACAUCAUACAUUUGGAACAAGUAUUUGAGACACCUAAGAAAAUGUACCUUGUGAUGGAGCUUUGUGAGGAUGGAGAACUCAAAGCAGUUCUGGAUAGGAAAGGGCAUUUCUCAGAGAAUGAGACAAGGUGGAUCAUUCAAAGUCUUGCAUCAGCUAUAGCAUACCUUCAUACUAAGGAUAUAGUACAUAGAGAUCUAAAACUGGAAAACAUAUUGGUAAAAAGCAGCUUUGUUGAUGCUAACAAUGAAAUGAACUUAAAUAUAAAGGUGACCGAUUUUGGCUUGGCAGUAAAGAAACAUGGUAGAGCUGAAGCCAUGAUGCAGGCCACAUGUGGGACUCCUAUCUAUAUGGCACCUGAAGUUAUCAAUGCCCACGACUAUAGCCAGCAGUGUGACAUUUGGGGCAUAGGAGUCAUAAUGUAUUAUUUGUUAUGUGGAGAAGCACCCUUCUUGGCAAACUCAGAAGAAACCCUUUUUGAGUUAAUAAAAAAGGGAGAACUACAUUUUGAAAAUCCAAUCUGGAAUUCCGUCAGUGAUUGUGCUAAAAGUGUUUUGAAACAACUUCUGAAAGUAGAUCCAGCUCACAGAAUCACCGCUAAGGAACUACUAGAUAACCAGUGGUUAACAGGAAAUACACAUUCUUCAAUGAGGCCUACCAAUGUAUUAGAAAUGAUGAAAGAAUGGAAAAAUAACCCAGAAACCGAUGAAGAUGAUGAGACAGCUGAGAAGAAUAACUCAUCUCUUCAAGAAAAAUUGGAAAGUUCCCAGCUCAGGGAAAAUAUMCAGGAUGUCAAUAAUACUUCAGAUGUAAAGAAUCAAAAACAGGAAACAACCUAUUCCAAGAAAUUACUUGGAACCCGUAAGAGGGCAGAUACAGAAGACGUUGACACGUGCUGUUCUCUUUCCACCUCUAGCAAACUCCUUCCAGCUGAUCUCAAGGGAGAACUAGAGAAAACCCCUGUGUCUCCAACCAAAUCCACUGCUAAAUCCACUGCCCUGCUUCGAUCCAAAAAGAAACUCUAAGGCUCCCUCCAGUGCUGAAUARUACAAAAACAAACUGCUCUCUCUAAUGCUAAAGGCAGGGCAUAGGAGGGGAAAGGACAGUACUACAUGGAGAUUUUUUUUUAGCUCCGCUGGGCCCUGCCUUGUGUUUGCAUCAGGUUAAAACUGAAGCUCCUYAUCUCCAAAGCAGUGUAAACUGCACAGGGUGUUGGAGGACAGCCACCAACAGGCUUGAUGUCAGGCUGCAGCUGAAAUCAACAUAAGUUGUACCUGAAGUUUGCUUUGGGAGGGGGUGCAAAUGCCCUCAGUGGAAGGCUGUGGGCAUACUUGCUCAGUUUUACUUAAGAUUUUGCAUUUAGGCACAAUUAUUUGCAAGGGAAAAACAAAAGGCCGAAUUUGGUAAUGGGGGUUCCAAAUAAUUAUGUGCACUUUGCACUAGAAGACUUUGUUAGAAAUUACUAAUAAACUUGCCAUAGGCAUUAUGGCAGAAUGCUUCAGUCCUUCACGUGUUCUUAUGAUUUUAGGUUGCUGUAGAUUGUUUAGGACAACUUAUUUUAAACAUAAAAAAAUAGGACA